AUGAGCGAGUUGUUCGGCGACCCGAGAGAGCGCACCGCCAAGGAAGACCAUCUGGAACCGCCGGGCGGAGCCCCGCCGGGGCCAAAAACCGCAGACGACAGAUCGAGGAUGACACACCCAAUGCCCGAAAAUGGCGAGCGCGUCUUCUAG